AUGCCACUCCAUAAGCCCUUACGCAGUGCCCUCCGCCACUCACAUUUCCGAUCUAUAUCCAUAAAUUUACAACCACCGCCAGCGCCGGAGCCGCCUUCUUCACCUCUCUCCUCUACGCCGGACGCUCUCCUUGUGGAAAAAGCUAUAGCCAUCCUCAAGCGCCACCACCCAUCCUCUCUCGACUCUUUAGUUCCCCAUUUUACUCCGCAAUCCGCCGCAUAUUUACUCCUCCAGUCGCAAAAUAACCAAACCCUUAUCUUAAAAUUCAUCAACUGGGCUCGCGAUUUCCCAUUUUUCGAAAACCUCCAAUGCAAUUGCAUCGCUAUUCACAUUCUCACACGCUUCAAACUCUACAAGACCGCCCAGUCUCUCGCCGAGGUCGUCGCCGUACAUUUCCCGGAUGAUGAAAAGGGAAAUUCGGUUUUUGAAUGCCUCAGGGAGUCGUACCAAUUGUGCAAUUCGAGCUCAGCGGUAUUUGAUUUAAUGGUAAAGUCGUACUCUAAUUUGAAAAUGUUGGAUACAGCUCUGAACAUGAUAACUUUAGCUAAAUCUCACGGGUUUAUGCCUGGCGUAUUGUCGUAUAAUUCGGUUCUUGAUGCAAUAAUUAGGGUUGCGGCAUAUGGGCAUGUUGAGCUAGCUCAAAAAUUGUAUCUUGAUAUGAUAAAGUAUGGGGUUUCGCCUAAUGUGUUUACCUAUAAUAUAUUGAUUAGGGGGUUUUGUGGAAAUAAGAAAUUGGGUAAAAGUUUAGAAUUUUUUAAGGAAAUGGAGAGAAAGGGCUGUGUGCCAAAUGUGGUUACUUAUAAUACUUUAAUUGAUGCUUAUUGUAAAUUGGGGAACAUUGACGAGGCUUUUAGAUUGAUGAAAUUGAUGUGGGAGAAGAAUUUGGAGCCAAAUGUGAUUACAUAUAAUGUGAUAAUUAAUGGGUUGUGUCGAGAUGGGAGGAUGAAGGAGACGGGUGAGGUUUUUGAGGAGAUGAAGAGGGGGGGUUUGUUGCCAGACGAGAUUACCUAUAAUACACUCAUAAAUGGGUUUUGUAAAGAUGGGAAUUUUCACCAGGCACUUGUUGUUCAUGGAGAGAUGGUAAGGAAUGGGUUGUCUCCCAACGUUGUGACGUAUACUGCUUUGAUUAAUAGCAUGUGUAAAGCAAGGAAUUUGCAUCGUGCAAUGGAGUUGUUCGAUCAGAUGCACUCUAGGGGAUUAAGUCCUAAUGAUAGAACAUAUACAACUCUGAUUGAUGGGUUCUGUCAGCAGGGGUUCGUGGACGAAGCUUAUAGAGUUUUGAAUGAAAUGAUUGGUAGGGGCUUUUCACCAUCCAGCGUGACGUACAAUGCAUUGAUCAAUGGGCAUUGUUUGCUGGGUAGGAUAGAAGAUGCUUUACGAGUUAUUCAAGAUAUGAUUGUGAAAGGAGUACAGCCAGAUGUUGUAACUUACAGUACUAUCGUAUCUGGUUACUGCAGGGAUUUUGAUUUAGAUAAGGCAUUCAGAAUGAAAGAGGAGAUGAUUGAUAAGGGAAUCUCACCAGAUUCUAUUACUUAUUCAUCUCUGAUUCAAGGUCUUUGUGUGCAGAGGAGACUGAUGGAAGCUUGCGAAUUAUUUGAAGAAAUGUGGAGAAAAGGUUUGCAACCUGACAAGUUUACAUAUACUACUCUAAUUAAUGCUUAUUGUGUCGAAGACGAUGUUAGCAGUGCUGUCAAUCUGCACGAUGCAAUGAUCAAAAGGGGUUUGUUUCCAGAUGUUGUUACCUACAGUGUGCUAAUAAAUGGGCUUAACAAACAAGCUCGCAGCAAGGAAGCAAAAAGGCUUCUGUUCAAGUUGUUCUACGAGCAAUCUGUUCCCCACGAUGUGACAUAUGAUUUUCUGAUAAAAAGUUGUAGUAGUAUUGAAUUUCAGAGUGCGAUAGCUCUAAUAAAGGGAUUCUGCAUGAAAGGUUUGAUGAAUGAAGCAGAUCGAGUUUUUGAGAUGAUGCUUGAGAGGAACCACGAGCCUAAUGAAGCAAUUUAUAAUAUUCUCAUACAUGGUCAUUGUAGAGGCGGGAACUUGAACAAAGCUAUCGAUCUGUAUGGGGAAAUGGUGCAUCAUGGACUUAAUACUCACGCUGUUACUUUCAUUGCUCUAAUUAAAGAAGUCCAUAAAGCGGGGAUGAGUGAGGAGUUGAAUCAGAUUAUAAAUAACACAUUAAGAAGUUGUAAGGUCACUGACGGUGAACUUGCCAAAGUCCUUGUUGAGGUCAAUCACAAAGAAGGGAACAUGGAUGCAGUAUUUAAAAUUCUCAGUGAAAUGGCCAAAGAUGGCCUUCUUCCAAAUAAUGUCAGAACUACGUAG